CUAGAUUAUGGCUCAUGUCUACCGAACCUUGAUUAACAUUCUCUCUAGGCCAACCUGGUCAUUUAGUCAUGCUUAGUUCGCUUGGAAGAGAUUCCGGUUUAUGCUUUGCCGUGCAUAGCCGCGGCGCAUGAGUCACUGAAAUUUCACGGGGCUGUUAUCACUACCUCAAAAUAUAAAUGCACCGCCCUACCUACCCCCUUUUUCAGAUACCUCCCCAAGCUAACUAAGAAUAUGGUCUAAACAUGCCAGUUUUUGGAAAGAAAUUCAGAGAGCAGCACUUCUCCCUCAGCCCUUCUGCCAUCCCCGUGAACAACGGCUCGUACGGCGUGGCACCAACGGUGGUCCUAGAGGAGUUCCACGACAUCCAAUGGAAGAAGGAAGGCUUUCCAGACCGCUAUCUCAGAGCGGAGCAACCUCUCGAUGUCAUUGCUUCUACCAAAGCCAUUGCGGACAUUGUGGACGCCGAUUACGAAAACUUGGUAUUCGCUGAUAGUACGUCCGCCGGGGUAAACAUGGUGCUCCGCUCGUUUCCGUUCGCCAGGGGUGACAAGAUUCUCUUCCAAACCACUACCUACUCUGCCUGCAUCAAUACCGUCAAGUUUCUUGCGCUCCGCUACGGUGUUGUUCCGUUGACGGUUCAGCUCGACUACCCGUUGUCUGACGACGAGGUGGUGGAAAAGUUUGCCCAGGCAAUGAAAGCGGAGGCCGAGACCGGCAUUCCGGUGAAGAUGUGCCUUUUUGACGCCAUCUCCUCCCUUCCAGGACUCAGAGUCCCGUUCGAAAGAAUUGUCCAGUUGUGCAAGGACCAGGAUGUGAUUUCGUUUGUGGAUGGAGCUCACACCGUGGGGCAGAUUCCCAUCGCAUUGCGGACCUUGCAGCCCGACUUUUUCAUCUCCAACCUCCACAAGUGGUACAUGGUUCCGAAAGGCUGUGCAAUUGUGUACGUAGCGCCCAAGUACCACAGAAGCAUCCAUAGCUUUCCAAUCUCCCACAGCUUUUUGGAGGACGAUGUGGUGUUGCCUCUGGCAUUGGAAGCUACCAGAUUGGUGGAUCGGUUUAGGUUGACCUUGGUCAGUUAUUUCGCCAAUAUUACCGUGGUUCCCGCUGCCAUUAAGUUUAGAAACAAUGUCUGUGGGGGUGAGACCGAAAUCUCCAACUACUGUUACAAGCUCGCCCAAGACGUGGGGGAUAUGUUGGCUGCCAGGUGGGGCACUAGCGUUUUGAACAACAGCCACAAGGAAUCGCGUCAACUUGCCAUGGUGAAUGUGGAGGUUCCAGUGGUGCCGCUGGAGUUGAGUUCUGGAUGGAGAAAGCACGUCGAAGAGAAGAUGCUUGAGAACUCUGUGUUUGUGCCGUUAUUUGAGCACAACGGAAAGCUCUACGCGAGAUUUUCGUGUACUGUGUACAAUGACAUGGAGGAUUACCUGGCUGCGGCGGAUCUUUUGCUAAAGUUUGUGAAUGAGGUUGUCAAUUAAGCCUCUAAGUUGAAAUGGUAUGCAUCGUGGCAUCCAACGUCAAAUCUUAUCCGUAUAUGGAUUACAGAAGUAUAAUAUUAAUUGAAUAUUACAUUAAAAUUAACGUGGUGAGGG